AUGGGCAACAUUGUGGUUUUGGCGGGGACUUCAACCGCCACGACCUCCUCUGGGGCGGAGAUGAAGUGUCAGCGAGCAGACAGGGAGGGCCAGCCCAUCAUUGACCUGAUGGACGACUUUGGUCUUAGCAGCCUUCUCCCGAGAGGAACGAAAACGUGGCAAAGGUCGGACGAGGAGAGCACCAUCGACUUGGUGCUGGCAUCGGCGGAACUGGCGGACGAGUUGACAUCCUGCGUGAUUCAUCCAACAGAGCACGGAUCAGACCAUAGAGCGAUCCAGACGACCUUCGACAUUCGAGUGCCGGAGCGUACCUUUCCGCAGCGCCUGAUGCUCAAGAACGCGCCGUGGAUCGCCAUCGCAACCAGGGUCGAGGACGAGCUUCGGCCUCUUCCGUGGACUGUGGGGGUGCAGACGCAGGCGGAUCAGCUCAUGCGGGUGGUCACCAAGGCGCUUCGAGAUCUGACUCCUCGAGCCCAGCCGCCGUCAUACGCGAAGCGAUGGUGGACAAAGGACCUGACGCGACUCCGUCGGACGUACACGUAUUGGCGCAAUCAAGCAAGGGCGCAGCGAAGAGCCGGUCAAUCGCGUCCGGAUCUGGAGCAGCGCGCCAAGGAGGCUGCGAAGGAGAGCAACAUCUGGAGGGCUGCCAAGUAUCUGAAGCCUGCCGAGGAACUCCUGAGCACCUUCUUUCCGCCUCUGCCAACGAGGAUCGAGCCGGAGGGUGAACGUCCGCAGAGAGAAGAAAUAGCCAUGCCAGACCUCACCUUGCAAGAGAUUGAGGAGAAGGUGAUGGCGGCGAAGCCCUGGAAAGCGCCUGGUGAGGAUGGCCUUCCUGCGAUCGUGUGGAAGAAGCUCUGGCACGUGGUCAAGCACCGGAUCAUCCCUCUGAGGAAACCAGAUAAAGGAGACUACACCCUGGCCAAGGCGUGGCGACCGAUUUCUCUCCUGUCGACGCUUGGCAAGAUUCUGGAGGCAGUCGUCGCGGAACGUAUCAGCUAUGCAGUCGAGGCUCAAGGGCUUUUGCCCGCGAACCACUUUGGUGCACGGAAGCGCAGGUCCGCAGAUCAAGCACUCGUGCUUCUGCAGGAGCGAAUCUACAAGGCCUGGAGAACGGGCAGAGUGCUCAGCCUCAUCAGCUUUGACGUCAAAGGCGCAUACAACGGAGUGUGCAAAGAGCGAAUGCUCGAAAGGAUGAAAGCCCGAGGCAUCCCGAGUCGACUGGUCAAUUGGAUAGACGCAUUCUGCUCGGGACGGACCGCGUCGGUGGUUGUCAACGGGCACACAUCCGAGCAACAAACCCUGCCGCAGGCCGGCCUACCCCAGGGAUCUCCUCUGUCGCCAGUGGCUUUUCUUUUCUUCAACGCAGACCUGGUGCAAAGACGGAUCAAGUCAAACAGAGAUGAGAAGACAUCCUUCAUCCACUUCACACGCAUCGCGGAGCGUGACAGCGACCUGCCUCUCAUCAUCAAAGGAAACGAUGUCAAGCCGAAGAGCAACGUGAAGCUGUUGGGAGUCAUCAUGGACAAAGCGCUUCGCUUCAAGGAACACAUCGCCAGAGCGGCCGCCAAGGGGCUGGCCGCGGCCAUGUGUUUGAAACGACUGAAGAUGGCUUCGCCACGGAUGGCGAGGCAACUGGCCCAGCGAAUCGGAGCCCAGGCUGUCACGGGAGGCUUCCGCACGGUGGCAACGGCAGUGGCCGAGGCCGAGGCCGGCGUGCAAUCGUUCCGAGAACGGCUCAAACUGAACAGGAGGUAUGCGUCGCCAAUGCAGAAGCUCGCCUCGGCGAUGGGAAGAAUAGAUACCAAGCGCCUGGAAGUCAUCCACGAGUUCGCACUGGCGCCGUGGGACGAACGAGUGCAGGCAACGGAUGAGACAGACCGAGUGGAGGUGCUGAAGUCGGAUGACCCGGAGGACAUCACUAUUGCGACGUCCAGCUCGCAAAGGAAAGGCAAGGUCGGGUUGGGAGGCGUCGUUCGGGAUGCUUCCCGCGACAGCGUAGACGAAGUGCUGGCCAGCUACUCCGUCACUCUCGGCUCCAGUGAUGAGAGAAUGCCUACACAGCAGGACUCGAGGCAAUCGCCACGGCUCUGA